CCGGCGUAGCCACACGCUGCGCACCGUAGCCGCGCGCUACGAUACUACAUACGAAAAAUUUUCGUGCAGUACGCGAUUCGAAAAAAUAAAAUAAAAAUAAAGUUCGGUAUUUUUAAGUAGUUAAGUGAAGUUUAAUUUCUUAUAUGUGAAUAACUUUUUAGUUAAUGGUAAUUUAAAUGGUUCAAUUAAAAUGAGUGUAGAAUUUUUGAAUUUACUGAAGUAUGAAGCGAAGAUCGAAUCUGAUAAUAAAUCUGCCGGGGGCCAUUGGUUGAAAAGAAAAGAGGCGUUGCGAGCAAAGAGAGGUCGGCAUGGUCCACAUAAAAUUAGAGCCAGAAGACAGAUCGAUCCAAUAACGUCCAUAACAGAGGAACCAGACUUAGCCGACAAGUCUACACGCCGCAGUCAACCACACUCGUCGCGCAUCUCCGCCGGUGAGCGCGAAUGGAGCGGUGCGACGGGCGGUCCCCCUGCGGAAGUGGUGCUCCGCCUUCACCCCCCCUCGUCCACGUCUCGAGUCAACGCUUCCUUAGCUGACAUUGAUGGCAGUGGAGUAGUAGUAAGGGCUGAAGAGGCUCUCAUAGUGGCCUUCGUCCUCCUGCUAUGGGUGGCCGCCAUAGCUCUCUUCUUCAAUCGUUGGGGCAAGAUCAGGUGCGUCUAUAAACUAAUGCUGGAGCCGUAUCAGCCGAAAUUCCAGCAGCAGCACCGACAGAGUUGUGCUUUAGCUGAAAACUCAGUGUCCGUGCCACCUCACCACCGAGCAUCACUGUCACGCGGCUGUGUGUCAUACGACUGCGGGGCAUCAUUCCCAUCUUAUCAACCAUGUGGGUACCUGUCCCAUAGACCGCGGCAGAACUCGGUCUUCGUAAGUAGCAUGGGUAUGGGCGGUAUGGCGCUCAUCCCUGAGAGUCCUCCAAGGCGGUCUAGAUCAGCAGCCGACAUCCCUGCCCUCGUUACUCCAUCAGAAAUGUCUCACCACACUCCUAGGUCUUCGAGAGCAGCCAGUCUUCACAGCGCAGUAGAUAUCAGAGUAGCACCUUCUCCAAGAACGUCGAGAGCUGCAAGUCUACAUUCAGCUGUAGAUAUGCCUCCAGGGUCAGUCCAAGUUCAUGUCAGGGGGUCAGGCUCGAAUUUGAACAGACCUCGAAGUCCAAGGCGGCUGACGAUAACCAAUGUAUAAUUGAAGUGGCAAAUGGGAUUCUAUGUCUACGGUUUCAAGGACCAAUAUGUAUUUUUAAUUGUGACAAUCAAUGUCAUACGUUUGUGUGUUAUCAUUUAGCAAAAUUCGAGGGGUAUUUUAUAUUUUCCCAAAGAAACUUGAGAAUAUCCUUUUCUAAAUUGAAAACUUAAAAAGCUGCAAAAUAAUUUAAUUCAGUUCACUUCUUAGUAAACGCAUUGAAACGUAGCUUUAAAUGGACUUGAAAUGUUAUUAGUACCAUUGAAUCACAUAGUUUUGGAUGCUUUGAAAUGCUUUUAUGGACGCGAGAUUUGGAAAGUACCAAUUAUGUGAAUAUUGAAUAUAGAAAUUAAGUUUAAUGAUAACUUUCUAUAUUUCCUGUAGUCUAGUCUUCUUCUUCUCUUCAUCAUAUCUAAUUGUAUUUAUACAUACUAGUAGUUAUAGUGCGAAAGCGCAAAAUCUUAGACGUGUGGUGCUAUUAUAAGUAUCAAUAGUAUUGAUUUUGUCUUCAAUAUCAUUUUUAAUAUCCGUAAGAAGUAUUUACUUAUUUACAUUUUUAAUGGAUUCUUGUUUUUCAUUACCUGCCUCUUCCAUUUUUUUUAAAUCAGAUUGCUUACCUCAAACAAAUCUUGUCUUACGUAUAAUUUUGUAACAUUUGUUAAAUAUUUUUUAAGUUCCUAAAUUCGUUUAAUUUAUCGACAACUAAUACUUUGGCCCUGUCGAGAACGUCCUCUGUGUCUACUCUAAUAUUCUAAGCAAAGUCAUUAAUUUUAGAUAAGAUUGAUAUUAAUAAAUUUUGCUCAAAUUAUUCUGUAAUGUUAUUCCUAUCGUGCUUAUCGUGGUCAUAAACUUUGUCCACUAUAUAAAUUAUUAUAUUUUUAGUAUUAGUUUUCCAGACAUCAAAUCAAUCAG